ACCAUUUUUUUUGUUACUCUGCUUUUACGCAAACUUGGAUUAGCUAUGUCACACUCACUCUCUCCUCUCUUACCGGCUGCUCACGCCGGCAGCAUCUCCUCUCCAUCACCGCCGUCAUCACGGCCACAGACUCCUCCCAUCAUCCUCCCAGUUCCACAAACUAAUCGCAGGGCAAUUGUGGUGGGAUUAGGCAGUGUACUAUGGAGUUGGAACGCUCUGAACGGUAAGGAGGAGGCAAUGGCGGCAGCAAGACGGCCGCCUCCACCACCCGCCGUUGAGAAGAAGGAUCCGAAUGUGAGUGGAGUUCAGGCUAAGGUUUUAGCGAGCAAGAAGCGUAAAGAGGCAAUGAAGGCUUCCAUGUCUAAGCUUAGAGAGAGAGGCAAAUCUGUUGUUGAUGAAGAAAAACCAUCUUCAUCUUCUCCAUCUUCUCCUGUUGUUGUUAAAGAUGAGCCAACUCCUCCUUCUGCUGCUCCUGUUGUUGUUAAAGAUGAACCAACUCCUUCUGCUGCUCCUGUUGCUGUUGAAGCUGAACAACCUCUUUCUUCUGCUUCUGAUCAAUAGCAUCCAAGCAAAAAGGUCUAAACCUUUCUAGUUAUCUUCUCUACCAAAUUUUAUCCUAUCAUGUUAAUUCACACUACUGUACUUCAAUUUAUUAUUCACACUAUUAUCAGUAAUUUAUCACAGA